CCGAUCGGUUGGUGUGAAUCGUUAGCCAUACGAAAAGGCCGAGGAGUUAUUAGUAACGUUGGUGAAGUUGGAGCCCUUUUGUGCAUAUGUUGCCAUUAUGCAUCGCGACUUGGGACGGCAUCAAUCAAAUUAUUCAAAGCCCAGAUCUGAUGCAACUUGUCCACUGUAUAGAGCAAGAAAAGAAGAGAUUGUGCAGACGGAAUCUCGCCCGGCCUGAGCCUUUUGGUUCUGACUGAUGGAGCACCGGCGUGAGUCCAAGGAGGCGGCGGGGAUAGUAGAUGAGGGGGAAGACCAAGAAUCUCCGGAGAUGCACAGGGGCGUCCUCUCCGAUACAACCCCUCAAACCAGAGAUGUUUCAUUCCGAGGUAGAUGCAGAGUCGGGGAGACGGGCCCCCCGAUCAGUGCUUCACUUGGCGCCAUGAGAACCCUUGUCUGGAAGCUGGACAUGCUGCUGCUAGCGCCUCCUCCGGGAUGCUCCUCCGAGAGUGUCAAGCUUAAGAUGCAGCUCCUCAAAGAAGAUAUUGAAGAGAUAAGCACCUGCCUUGAUGCACUGUCACAACUGGAGGACCCUCCCCAGACGGCCAGGUGCUGGAUGAAUGAGGUGCGCGAUCUGUCUUACAACAUGGAGGAUUACAUCGACAGCCUAUACGUGCAGGCUGCAGACCCCUCCUUCAUUGCCGAUAACAUCAAGAUCACCAGAUCCCACCACAAAUGGCUAAGUCAUGUCAGGGCACCCAAGAAGCUUACGUGGGAUGAGCAGAUUGUGGGAUCAGUAUCAGAAUUCAGGACAUAUGUUGGCGACGCGAUGAAACGACACAGGAUGUAUGGUCUAAUUUUUUUUAGCACCUUGAGGCAUACACUUGUGCCUGUUGGCCAUAUGCUUCCAACGCCAACACCGUAUGAAGUAACAUCUGACAUAGUAAUCAAUGACCGCAUGAAUGAGUUUAUUAACUCACUGACUAACGAUGGCGCCGAUCAGCAGCAGCUCAAGGUGGUAUCUGUUCUGGGAUCUGCUUGUCUUGGUAAAACUACAUUUGCUAGAGUGUUGUACAACAGGAUUGGGUUGCAAUUUGAUUGCCGAGCUUUCAUUCGAGUGUCCAAAAACCCUGAUAUGAAGAAAAUUUUCUGGGACAUGCUCUUGCAAUUGAAGCGGCAGCAGUGCCCACCACAGUAUUUUAAGGAGGUUGAUCUCAUUAAUAUGAUAAAAAAUUAUCUCCAAGACAAAAGGUAUUUCAUUAUUAUUGAUGAUCUGUGGUCUGCAUCAGUAUGGGAUAUUAUCAAUCGUGCCCUUCCGAAGGGUAGUCAUGGCAGCAGAAUAAUAACCACUACACAGAUAGAAGAUGUUGCUUUCAGAUGUUGCCGUUAUCAGUCAGAGCUUGUUUUUGAGAUGAAACCCCUAGAUGAUCAUCACUCAAGAAAGCUAUUCUUUAACAGACUGUUUGGCUUUGAAAGUGAUUGCCCUGAACAGUUCAAAGAGAUUUUAAAUGAAAUUGUUGAAAUAUGUGGUGGUUUGCCACUUGCAACAGUCAGCAUAGCUAGUCUUUUAGCAAGCCAGCCUGCCCUGACAAUUGAUCUAUUGACAUACAUCCAUCAGUCAUUGAGCUCUCUUUUCUCGGCGAAUCCUACCUCAGAAAGAACCAGACAAGCACUGAAUCUCAGCUUCCACAAUCUUCCUCAAUGCUUGAAGACAUGUUUGCUUUAUCUUAGUAUGUAUCAAGAGGGCUACACAUUCUACAAGGAUGAUUUGGUGAAGCAAUGGAUGGCUGAAGGCUUCAUCGAUACAACAGAAGGGCAAGAUGUGGAGAAACUUGCAGAGAGCUAUCUCAAUCAACUUAUCAGUAGAAGAUUCAUCCAACCUAUACGUAUCAACUUCAACAAUGAGGUGUUGUCAUGUGCAGUUCAUGAUGUUGUGCAUGAUAUUAUCACACAGAAGUCCGCAGAAGAGAAUUUCGUUGUUGCAAUAGACUACAAUGAAGAUAACGCAGAUCUUUAUCACAACGCCCGUCGACUCACUCUUCUCUUUGGCAAUGCAAGAUAUACCAAGACACCAACAAGAAGCAUCACAGAGUCGCAAGUUCGGUCACUCACUUUUUUUGGAUUAUUUGAGUCUAUGCCUAGUACUAAAGAAUUCAAGUUUCUUCGUGUUCUAAACCUUCACAUAUCUGGUUAUGGUGGCUCCAAAGAACUCGGUCAUGACGACAACCCUGUAGACCUCAGUGUGAUUUCAGAACUGUCUCAAUUGAGAUAUUUGAAGAUUGCUUCUAAUCUCUGUGUAAAAUUGCCAGACUAUAUGGGAGGGCUGCAUUGUUUGGAGACACUGGAUAUUAUGGAUGCAGUACUCCUUAAACUUAGAAUCGGUGUCUGUCUCCCAUACUUGUUGCACUUGUAUCUCAGUCUCCAUCAUGAGAGAAAUCUGCAGAAUUGGAUUGACGAGAUAUUGGAAGUUAACAGGAUGAAACACCUGCAGGAUCUUCGUGUUACCUUUUCUUCUGGGCAGUCUUCCUCUCAGGAAAAAAAUAUGUUAAUUCUGAGGUAUUUUAUGAGCGGACAUGAAAACCUGAAAACUAUAGUAGUUGCUUGUGACUCCUCAGACAAGGUUAUUGAUGGCGCUUCAGAUGCAUCCAUUUCAUGGGAUGACAUGGUACCUCCCCCACUCCUCCAGAGAUUUGAAUUCUCGCGGCACAGAGGCUGCAUAUUCUCACAAAUACCUCCGUGGGUUGAGAAACACAAGAACCUGAGCAUUUUGAAGAUUGCUGUGAAGGAACUUAAGAUGAUUUGUGUUGGUAUUCUCGGAGGAUUGCCUUCCCUCACGUCUCUGUCGCUGGGCGUAGAGACGGCCCCCGUUGGCAAGAUCAUCUUUAACGUGGCAGGGUUCUCAGUUCUCAAGUACUUCAGGAUGACGUUCAUGACUGGUAUAGCUUGGCUAAAAUUUGAGGAGGAUGCAAUGCCUAAUCUCUUGAAGCUCAAGCUAGUUUUCAAUGCCAAGUCCCGACUGGACCGACGUCAACAUGGUACUGCCAAUAUUACAAUCAAUCAUAUGCCAAGCCUUAAAGAGGUCUCCGUAAAAUUUGGGUGUGCAGCUGCUGAUAUAGAGUAUGCUUUGAGGACCUUUGUUAGUAAUCAUCCGAGCAAUCCUACAAUCAGCAUGCAACCAGUGGAUUUUAGUUCUUGUGGAGAGAAAAACACAAAACGGAAACAUCAACUGGAUGGGGUUGUGGAGGAGGAACCAGAUGAAUACUACAAACAACAACCAGAUGAGAUUCAGCAGCAUGAACCAGUUGAAUAUUACAAACACCAACCGGAUAAGAUUGCGGAGGAAGAACCAGUUGAAUACGACAAGAAACUGGAGAGACCAGCAGAGAAAAGGAUUUCAAGGCCACCGGAGUCCUCUUCGCGUCUGCAUGAUCCAGAGAAAGAGGCUCGAGGGGGAGAAGGCGACAGGAGUCAAUCCAUCCAGCUGGAUGUAAACAAGGUGGGCCUGCAUGAGUUCACCUUGGACGUGCUCAGGUCCGCCACCAGCAACUUCUCGAAGGAAAACCUUCUCAACCCGGAAGAACUCCACCCUAACAUCUACAAGGGCGCCCUUGAGGGCACUGUCAUGGUCAUCAUCACAAAAUUCAACUUCAGCUUGCCCUCAGACUUGAAGUAUCUUGAGAUGAUGCACCAUCCUCAUCUAGUGAAGUUGCUGGGCUACUGCAACCAAGAGUGCAGUAUACUCGUCCACGAGUACAUGCCCAGGGGCGACCUCAAGCAUCACUUCUUGGAGACCAAUCUCAUUGGGUCGUUAGCAUGGCUAACACGGCUCAAGAUCGCUGUCGGAGCGGCCAAGGGGCUGGCUUUUCUACACGAGUCAGGCGAGCAGAUGAUGUACUACAGUGGUUUCACGGCUUCUAGCAUUCUGCUUGACUCGGAUUACACAGCGAAGCUGUGGGGCUUUGGGAUGGGGAAUAAGGAUGACUCCACGGUGCCAGCCAGAAUAAAGAGCGACGUGUACAACUUUGGUGUGGUGCUGCUACAACUGUUGGACCCGAGAAUGGAGAGGCAAUACUCGCGGUCGGCAGCGUGGAGCACUGUGAAGGUCGCGCGCCGGUGCUUGCAGAGCAAGCGCAAGUACCAGCCUCACAUGCGCAACGUCGUGAAAGCCCUUGAGCCGCUGCUCAACGAUGACAGCACCGGCAAGCAGCAGUCAAAGAAAACUAAUUUCUUACGGUGCUUUAUUGGUAGCAAAACUGGUGGAAUUGGGGAGGAAGAGCACGUUAAAGUAUCCAAACAUCUUGUGGAUGGGGCAGUAAAUGAGAAAGGGAAAACUAAGACGAUGGACGGGGCAGUAAAUGAGAAAGGCAAAACUAAGAUGAUCGAAAAAGAGCCAGACGAGUACUACAAACAACAGCCAACAAAUGACAUGGACAUGUUGGAAGAGCCAGACGAGUACGGAACACACGCAGACAUUUGGAACCAGGCACUAACUGGGCGCUAGAUGCGCCUGGAAUCUGAUCCGCGCGAUAUCAGCUCAUCCGUUCCUGACCAUGUACGACAACCUGAACAUUGAUCUUUUUGACUACUUCAUGACCGCGGGAUCACCACUUGCCACCUUCAAGGAAACUGCGUUUUGCGUCAGACAAAUGCACAACCAUGUGCCGUGAGAUGGAGGACUCAUCCUCCUUUUCCACGCAAUCUCUAGAGCAAAGAUAACUGAAGCAAGUGGUUGGAGUUUAUUCCCCUCCCGUUUGUACGUGAGCUGGGUUGUGAUGAUAUCUCUCAACUAAGCAUGCCAGAAUUGGCUGCAUAAUCAUACAUGUACGACUUCCUAGCGUGAGUGAGCAUCAAAGUUUUCCCUGGCCGCAUACCAGAGCUGUCCACUUUUUUUUUCUAGUGCAAAGAAUACCUAUGGCCUGCACACUGAAUAUUCAUCAGGUGUUCCUGCUUCUCUGAAUGAUAUGUGCAGUUGCGUUUCUGAAGUUUACAGGAGAUGCUAGAAAUUUGAUGUUCUUUGGAGAAGCUACUUUAAUUAGUUUGAUGGUCUUUCAUUCAUGACACUGGUUAUCGCGUGGGCUGGUUUGCAGAAGGACAGCAAGACUGAAUUUGUUUUUUCAUGCAGAACAGAUUGCACUCUAUGCAUUUCAUAGCACUGUGAUGAUACUCAUCGCUCGACUUAUGUUCCCUUUGCACCUAAUGAUGAAUUGGAAUUGGAUCAUCAGGUGGUGCUGGGUGUGCCAGACAGACCGCUAUGGUAUAUGAGUUCUAAUGAUGGAAUAUGGCCUCCGUCUCCUGAAGAUGAUGAAAUUCUACCAACAAGUUCCUCCUCCCUAUACUUUGGCUUCUAGUAAAUGAGUUUGUUUCCAUGUAUCCCAGUUUGGUGGGCUCUCUGCCGUAACAAAGCUCACCAAGUAAUGUAUGUUGUCAUAUAUUUGGUCCUGGUCGACAUUGACGUGUCCGAAUUUCAUAGAAUUUAUUUACGAUGAUCCUUUAUUCAGUUACAGUUACAGGAUCACCCAUUUGUACGUUGUUGGCAAGUGUUUUAUUUGUAGAGUUUGUUUGUUCUUUUUGGUUUCCAAAUGGACCAAGCAAUCAAUGUUAUCAAUCAUGUAUCAAGAAUGGAUGUUGUAUAGAAGCUACUACUGUAUUAUGCACGGAGA